UGCCUGAGUCUGAUAAACCUCGUUGAUAACAAUGACGUUGCAUAACGUCAUUAGUGUUUUGUGAACGUUCAAGCUGAGACAAAAUCAAAUGUGUUAAAACAAACGUGUGAUUGUUUUUAUUAUACUUUGGGAAAAUGGUUCCUCUUGACUUAAAAUUCAGACACACCAUCAUACUACUAAGACGAUACUCAUCACAAGUGAAAAAAGUAGAUAUUUCAAAGGUGCUUAUUGCAAACAGAGGUGAGAUAGCAUGUCGAAUCAUUAGGACAGCAAGACGUCUUGGAGUGAAGAGUGUAGCAGUCUACAGUGAUGCUGAUAAAAAUGCAAUGCAUGUAGCAAUGGCGGAUGAAGCUUUCCAUAUCGGACCUUCUCCAUCCUCCGAAAGUUAUCUGAAGCAGGAGAAGUUGAUUGAGAUCGCUCACAGGUCUCACUCACAUGCCAUCCACCCCGGUUAUGGUUUCGUUUCUGAAAAUGCUGAUUUUGCUGAACUAUGUGCAAAGAAUGGACUGAUUUUCAUUGGUCCUCCUGCAUCAGCUAUAAGAAAAAUGGGUGUCAAAAGUACUUCUAAAAUGAUAAUGGAAUCUGCUGGAGUGCCUGUUAUUCCUGGCUACCACGGUGAGGACCAAUCAGAAAGCAAACUCGCGGAGGAAGCAGAACGAAUCGGUUUUCCUCUAAUGAUAAAAGCUGUCCUUGGAGGAGGUGGAAAAGGCAUGCGCUCAACGUUGUCAGCGGCGUCAUUCAGAGAACAGCUGGACUCGGCGCGACGCGAGGCGCGGAAGGCAUUCGGCGAUGACGCGGUGCUACUGGAGCGCCUGGUGACGUCACCGCGCCACGUCGAGGUGCAAGUGUUCGCCGACCAGCGUGGCAACUGUGUGCACCUGUUCGAGCGUGACUGCAGUGUGCAGAGGAGGCAUCAGAAGGUGCUCGAGGAAGCUCCUGCGCCAGAUAUAUCAGAGGAGUUAAGAGAUCGGCUCGGACAGGCAGGAGUGAGAGCGGCACAGGCUGUAGGUUAUGUGGGAGCAGGAACGGUGGAGUUUAUAAUGGACAGAAACACCAAGGAGUUCUACUUCAUGGAGAUGAACACUAGACUGCAAGUUGAACAUCCUGUCACUGAAAUGAUUACUGGAGUUGAUUUGGUGGAGUGGCAACUAUUGGUAGCUUCAGGGGCCGAAUUACCAAAGAAGCAGAGUGAUUUGAGCCUCAGAGGGCAUUCGUUUGAAGGAAGAGUUUAUGCAGAAGAUCCAGCCAACGCAUUCAUGCCCGGAGCUGGACCUCUUCUCUAUCUCAAUCUACCUCAAAAUGACCAGCAUGUUCGAAUUGAAACUGGAGUGAGACAACAUGACGAUGUGUCUGUAUACUAUGACCCGAUGAUUGCGAAAGUCGUCGUUUGGGCUGAAGAAAGGAGAAAAGCGCUACAAACACUGGACCAAGUUCUCAGCAAGUUCCACGUAGCUGGAAUGGCAACAAAUAUAGAGUUUCUUAGACGCUUAGUUCAACAUGAAGCAAUAAGGAGAGGAGACGUUCACACUGGGUUCAUUCCUGAACAUGAAAACCAGCUUCUUGCCAUUCUGGAGCCAUCCAAGCGGGUGCUAGCCGAAGCUGCAGUGUCUUUAAUUCUUCUUGAAAAAUACAACUCCUUAGAAGCCGCAAAAUUGAUAAAUGAUGAAUACAAUCCUUUUGUGACGGAGACAGGAUUCCGUUUGAAUCACCAUCUAAAAAGGACGAUAAAUUUUGAAAUUCAUGGUCAAAGCUAUAAAAUUGAUGCAAUCUACCUUAGAAAUAAUAGAUUCACAACUUCUUUCGAAAAUAGUGAUGAUAAAAUCGAUUUAUCCAGCGAAUUGAGAAUAGAAGGAACAGAGAAGAAAGUUUAUUGUGACUUCGGUGAUACCAGUCAUUCAUCCACAGUAUUCAUUGAUGAUGGCCAUCUUUAUUUAUUUUCAAAGGAUAGAAGUUACCACUUUCAUCACAUUGAUGCCACUAGAAACUAUAUGAAGGAUGCUGACACUUCAAGUAGUGUGACAUCAGAUGAGGCAACAUCUCCAAUGCCAGGCAUUGUCGAGAAAAUAAUGGUGCAACCAGGUUCCCAAGUCAAAGUGGGCGAUCCGCUUCUAGUCGUCAUUGCAAUGAAAAUGGAGCAUGUUAUCAAGUCUCCGAAAGAUGGUAUUAUCAAAGAAGUGCUGUGCAAACAGGGUGAGAGCAUCAAAAGGAAUGUGUCACUUGUGUCUUGGCAAAGUUGACAAUAAUUGCACCGAGAACAUGGCCACAAAUACUUCACACCAGCACCAACAUUGGAAGCUAUUUAUUUUAAGCAUAGACCGUUUUUUGUAAUACUGCUACUAAACUACUAUGUUGUGUAAUUUUCAAGAUUUAAAUAUUACAAAUAGUUGGCAUAUUUUAUAUAAUAUUGAUCAUUCAGUGGUACUAAUUAAUUUUGAAAAAGAGGAUUGGCAGUGACUGAAUUAAAUAGUGAGUUCCAUUAUUAAAAUCAAUUAAAGUCGAUUCUCAAAAGAAAUGCAAGUUUGCAAUUGCUUGGAAAUCAAAGUUACAAAAUAAAUGAAAUAAAACCUUAUAAAAAUUA